AUGACAACAUCAGAGAACACAACAACAGUUAUAGUCCAUGAAGCUAUAAAUGAAGAAUACGAAUACAUACAGUAUAACAAACAGUUACGUCUCAUUCGUUCAGUCAAAGAUGACAUGUACCAAAUGCAAAGUAUAAUGAAUGCUCUUCGUUCUACAAAGCAAGCAUAUCAUUGGUUUGAAAACCAACAGACAAAAGAACUUUUAGAAGAAUUUCCUCAUAUGAUUGCUUCCCUCGGAAAACCGAGAGAAGAGAUUCCGUACGAAAAUCGCAAGAAUUUGGCACCUGGUUUGAAAGGUUAUUAUGUUCAUAGACUUUUAGUAAACGCUGUAGCAAUGUGGGCUUCACCUCGUUAUGCUUGUUAUAUUUUCAUGAUGUUAGAUGAACUAUAUAAAGCAGAACGUGGAGAGAUGGAAAAGAAACUUCAAGCAAAAGAUGAAGUCAUUGAAUCCAAAGACAAAAGCAUACAGAAAAGAAUACCACGUUCAGUACCAAAAGGAAAGGAAAAAAGCUAUAAGUAUAUGAUUUACGCUGAAGAGAUGGAGAAAGAAGAAGAUAGAGAUAUGGUUAUGUUGCAUUUAGUGAGAAGAAACAACAAGAGCUUUUAUGACCUCGCUAAAAUAUAUAAAUCUGAACAGAAACUGGUUCUAUCGUGA